AUGCCCUGCAGAGCUGCUAAAGGAGGUUCAGAGUUUUUAAGAGGCACAGGAUAUGAACUUGAUCAAAUUCUGAGUGGUGGAGCAAAGAAAGGGAUUUUGGGUAGAGUUGUUGGAAGGUUUGGGAUUGUAGGCAUCGUCGGCAUAGAAGGCAAUGGUGGGAAGGAAACUUUGGGCAUGUUAGGGAGGGUGGGAAUGGUGGGUAUUUGUGGCUGUGGAAGUGUCGGAAUGGUGGGAAUUUUUGGUAAUGUCGGAAUUGUGGGCAUCUGUGGUUGUGGAAGUGUAGGCAUAUUGGGUAUUUGUGGUAGUGGCAAUGUUGGUAUGGCUGGUAUUUGUGGUUGUGGCAUUGCUGGAGUUGUCUGCAAUAAGUUACGUGAAGCAUAA